AUGUCGAGCUCGGACGACGACGCGCCCGCUGGGCUCGGCGCGCGCGGCCGCAAGCGCUCGCGCAAGGCCUCCGACGACGCCAUGCUCGGUGUGUUUGGCGACUCGUCCGAGGACGAGGGCGGCGGCGGCGGCGGCGGCCGUGGCGGCGGGCGAGGCGGCCGUGAGCGCGAGAGCAAGCGGCCGCUCGCCGAGAAGCCCGUCAGCUUUGCCAAGGCGGCCGCGCCCUCCGCGCCGCCGCCGCCGGCUCCGGCGCCGGCGGCGGUGGCGCCGGCCGACAAGGCGCCUCCCAGUCGGCCGUCGCGCGGAGGGCUGGGCUCGGGCGGGGCGAAGCCGCUGCCGGCGGAGAAGGUGGACAAGGAGUUUGGCGCCUUCGAGGCCCACUCCAAGGGGAUCGGCUCCCGGCUCCUCUCCAAGAUGGGGUGGAAGCCCGGGCAGGGCAUCGGCAAGGCGGGCGGCGGCGUGGUGAACCCGCUCGAGCAAAAGCUGCGUCCAAACUCAAUGGGGCUGGGGUACGGCGGGUUUAAGGAGACGACUUCGAAGGCGAAGGCGCAGCAGGCGCGCAUCCUCCACGGCGACGGCGCCGCCGACCCCCCGCCCUCGGGCGCCGAGCUCGACCGCGCCAACGCCGCGGCGGCGCCGCGCCGGGACAACUGGCGGCGCGGCGAGCGGCGCGAGCUCAAGGUGCGGUCGGCGCAGCAGCUGAUGGCCGAGUGGGAGGGGAAGGCGAGGCCGCAGAGGGGCGCCCCCGCGGAGGCUGGAGCGGCAGUCGUCGACAUGCGCGGACCCCAGCCCCGCGUCCACGCCUCUCUGGCCGACGCGGACGCGGCGGCGGCGGCGGCGGGGGAGGAGGCGGAGGCGGCGGCGGGGAUGCUUCCGGAGCUUCGGCACAACAUGCGGAUGCUGGUGGAGCUGUCCGAGGUCCGGAUGCAGCAGACGCACCGCAAGCUGCGCGCAGAGCGCGACGCGAUGCGCUCCUACUCCGCGCGGCGGGACGCGCACGCCGCGGCGGCGCGCCAGACAGCCACGCGGCUCGAGGCGAUCGAGGAGGUCCAGGCGGCGCUACGCCGGUGCGUGGCCGGCGCCAAAGCCGUCCGCCAAGCCCAGCUCUCCUCCGCUGCGCCCGGCGGCGGCGGCGGCGGCGGCGGCGGCGGCGGCGGCGGCGGCGGCGGCGGCGGCGGCGCGGCUUCUUCUGCCGCCGAGGCGUCGCUCGCGGCGUGGGCGGAGGAGUGGGGCAAGCUGCGGCGGGCCCACCCUGAGGAGUGGAGCGUGCACAAGCUACACGAGGCGCUCGCCAACGAAUGGCGCGCGGCCGACGCGACCUCCGCGACGGCGCUGCUGUCCGCGUGGAGGGCGCUGCUGCCGGCCGCGCUGUUUGGCGAGGUGCUGGCCGGGCAGGUGCUUCCGCGGCUUGUGGGCGAGGUGGGCGCGUGGUCGCCGUCGCUCGGCGCAGACAGCGCGCCGCUGCACGCGUCGCUGCGGCCGUGGGAGCGGCUGCUGCCGCCUCCGGGUCUCAAGCCGCUCUUCCCCGCCAUCCGGCAGAAGCUUCUCGCGCUGCUGCUGCGCACCUUCUUCCCGCGCUGGCCGGCGGCGGACCCCGACUGGGGCGAGGUCUCGCAGUGGUACUGCGGCUGGAAGGCGCUGCUCCUCCGGCCGGCGCCCGCCUCCCCCUCGACGGCGGGCGGGCCUAAUGAGCCAGCAAUUCGGGGCGCCGUCUUCAUGCCGCUCGGGGUGCGCAGCGAGGGGCGCGCCGUCUUCUCGUUUGGCGGCGUGCAGGUGGUGCUCGACAGCGACAAGAAGCUGGUGUACGCGCGCCAGCUGGGCGGGGGAGGGGGAGGGGGAGGGGGCGGGGGAGGGUUCCGCCCUAUCAGCCUCAAGGAGCUCGUCGCGCUUGCCGGUGGAUGGCGCGCGGCGCGGGCGGAUGACUGGACCUACCCAAACCUACCCGGACCUACCCAGACCUACCCAGACGUAUUCACCCCGUACCCAGACCUACCCGGACCUACCCAGACGUAUUCACCCCGUACCCAGACCUACCCGGACCUACCUAUUCACACUCCGUACCCGGACCUACCCAGACCUACCCAGACGUAUUCACACCCCGUGGGGAUGCAGAGCGUGCAAAGCGGCUAG